AUGAGAGUUUACAUAUUUCUAUGUUUGAUGUGCUGGGCAAGAUCUGAGAAUAAAAGACCAUGCCUUGAAUUCUCUCACCUAAGUAUAAAGGAUUCUUUCAGAGAUUUAUUUAAUCCCAAGAUGCAGAUGUUUCUGAUAAUGUAUACAAGAAACAACCUUAACUGUGCUGAGCCACUGUUUGAGCAGGAUGAUUCACUUAACGUUAAUUUCAACGUAAGCAAGAAAACAGUCUGGCUCAUUCAUGGAUACAGGCCAAUGGGCUCCGUUCCAUCAUGGCUUCAGAAGCUUCUAAGGGUUUUGCUGAAUCAAGACGAUAUGAACAUAGUUGUAGUAGACUGGAACCGGGGUGCUACAACUUUUAUUUAUGAUAGAGCAGUUAACAAUGCCAGAAAAGUUGCUGUGAGUUUGAGUAAGUGCAUUCAGAAGCUUUUGAAGCAUGGAGCAUCUCUUGAUAAUUUUCAUUUCAUAGGUAUGAGCUUAGGAGCUCAUAUUAGUGGAUUUGUGGGAAAGCUAUUUCAAGGUCAACUUGGAAGAAUAACAGGUCUUGACCCUGCUGGGCCAAAAUUCUCUGGAAAACCAUCAAAUGGCAGAUUAGAUUACACUGAUGCAAAGUUUGUGGAUGUCAUCCACUCUGAUACUAAUGGUUUAGGCAUUAAAGAACCCUUGGGACAUAUAGAUUUUUAUCCAAAUGGAGGAAAAAAGCAGCCUGGCUGUCCUAAAUCAAUAUUUUCAGAUUACCAGACUGGUUCAUGUGUGGAUUGUGCUGACUUUGAGAAAAAAUCAUGCCCUAGGCUAGGUUAUCAAGCUGAGCUAUGGAAAGAUGUUUUAAAAGAAAGAAAAAAAAGAUCUCUUAGGACCACUGUGUUUUUGGAUACUACUGGCACAAAUCCAUUCUGUACCUAUUAUUUUGUGCUCAGCAUUGUUGUUUUGGAUGACACUAUGAAGGAUGGCAUUAUUACAUUUAGAUUAUUAAACCAGCUUGGAAGAGUUGAAGCACCAAGGCUCUAUGCGAAUAAUAAAUCACUUUAUAAAGUUCAAGAAGUCAAGAUUCUUGCUCAGUUUUUAAAUGAUGUUGUAAAUGUUUCAAGCAUUGGUUUGGCAUAUUAUCAGAGCUCAAAAUGGCAAUGUUCCACAUGCCAAUAUAGAAUCCAGCGUCUCAUGUUAAAAUCCCUUACAUAUCCAGACAGACCACCACUCUGCAGGUAUGACUUUGUACUUAAAGAAAGGAAAGAAGUAUUUCUCAAUCCAUGUACUUGCAAACCAGAAGAAAUAUGA